AUGGUCAACUUACUCAUCAUUCCAAGGUCAACGAACCUCAAAAAGAUCAAUUGUGAUACUGAACCGAAUACCCGAGUUCAGGCAAUCAUUAAUGCUUAUGCAAAGGUCAAUAAUAUCGAACCCAAUCGGGUCAAACUUUGCUUCACCUUUGAUGGUGAUGAUACGACAACUAAGAAGCCUAGUCGCAAGACUUUGAAGAAUUAUGAAACUCUAGAAGAAAAUGGCUUAGAUUUUUCCAAAUCUUCAACUCUUUCGGUGGGUGCUAAAGAUGUCGGUCGUCAAAUUGGCUGGAGAACCGUUUACUUUAUCGAGUACCUCGGUCCUGUCAUCAUUCAAUCGCUUAUUUACUUCGGCUAUUAUGACGCAACCUACAAUACAAUCACCCAGAAGGCUGCAUACAUUCUUACACUACUUCAUUAUCUGAAAAGAGAGUACGAGACCUUGUUUGUGCAUUUGUUUUCUUCCGAUACAAUGCCUCUCACCUACUUGUUCCGUAACUGUGGCCAUUAUUGGGUGUUCAACGGAUUGCUCACGGCCUUCUGCGUGUACUCCUCUCAAAGCUCCUUCUAUUCGGGGUACCAAAAGUGGCUAUAUCACGUAGAGGACCGCCCAUUGAAGCAGGUGGAAAUAUUCGCCGGUUGCUGGCUUGUUUGCGAAAUUUGCAACCUCUACUGCCAUUAUAUGUUGAGAAUGUUACGUUCCGACGGAUCCAGAGAACAUAAGAUUCCUCACGGAUUCAUGUUCGAGUAUGUAUCCUUCCCUAAUUACUUCUUUGAGUCCUGCGGUUGGCUCGUCUUUGCCAUCAUGGUCAAUAAUUGGUCCGCCUACUUGUUUUUCGUUAUUGGUACCGGUACUAUGAUGAUGUGGGCAAAACAGAAGCAUUCCAGGUAUCAGGAAGAGUUUGGCGAUAACUAUCCAAAGGAGAGAAAAGCCAUGAUCCCCUUCAUCAUCUGA